UAACUGCCCCCUCUUUCCAGUCGCGUCGGUUCCGCUCGGCUCGGCCCGGCUCGAGCAUUUUCCUCCUGGCACUGACAAGUGUCCCGCCUCGCAGCUCCCAUGCCUCCGGCGGCGCCGCUCCUCCUGCUUCCCUCCACCGCGCCGCCCAGCCCCGUCCUCCGGUGGAGGCGGAGGCGGAGUCUCGCGCAGGUGCGGGCGUCGUGGCAGGAGCUGGCGGGCGUCUUGGUGUUCUCCGCCAUCCCCUUCACGGCCGUCAAGGCCCUGGCAAACAGCCCGCUCGGCGCCCGCCUCCGCCGCCGCCUCGAGGAUAGGAAGGCCGAUGCCGCCGCCGAGGCCGACGCCCUCCGUGCCGCCGCGCGUGACGCCCGCAACAACAGCUUUUGGUACGGGGGAGAUCGGCCGCGGUGGUUGGGCCCCGUACCGUAUGAGUACCCUGAGCACCUGACUGGAGAGUACCCGGGCGAUUACGGGUUUGAUAUAGCAGGUCUGGGCAGGGAUCCCGCUGCUUUCGCAAACUACUUUAACUUUGAGAUCUUGCAUUGUCGGUGGGCCAUGCUUGCUGCCCUCGGUGUUGUUGUACCUGAGCUGUUAGAUCUAUUUGGGUUAGUGCAUUUUGUUGAGCCUGUAUGGUGGAAAGUUGGUUACGCAAAACUUCAGGGCGAUACUCUUGAUUACCUUGGGAUUCCUGGAUUCCGAAUUGCUGGUGGUCAAGGUGUCAUCGUAAUCGCUAUCUGUCAAGCCCUUUUGAUGGUUGGACCAGAAUAUGCGAGGUAUUGCGGGAUCGAGGCACUAGAACCUUUGGGAAUAUAUCUUCCUGGGGACAUAAACUACCCAGGAGGAGUGCUUUUCGAUCCCUUGGGUUUGUCCAAAGAUCCCAUGGCAUUCGAAGAGCUCAAGGUGAAGGAGAUCAAGAACGGCCGCCUGGCAAUGGUUGCAUGGCUCGGGUUCUACAUCCAGGCAGCUGUAACUGGCAAGGGCCCUGUGCAGAACCUCGUUGAACACUUGUCGGAUCCACUCCACAACAACAUUUUAUCCUCUUUCCUUUAAGAAAUUUUACUGAGUAGCAGCAUGCGUUCUUUUUUCCUUCUCUCUGUGCAUCGCAGCAGCUUAUGUAUAGCAUUUACAGUAUUACACUGACGGGUUUGUAAAAAAUAGUUAGAUACUUGCACAUGUACAAGUGGAUAUUUGAUCCCUGUACAGUUGUGUACCGUGCCUUACGUAUUUCAGAAAGCCUUGUAUGCUGCUAUCAGCAUCCGGAUUAAUGAGAACAAGUAUACUUGAUUGUUCCUUUC